GUCCAUUGAGCUAUUUGAAGCAGCCGCGAUAAGAGGAGCCCAGAGACGUGUUUAUUUCAGCAAACGAAAAUAAAACGAAGCAGACCGUCUUCAGAUUUAUAACACUGCGAAGAAAUGCGCUGGCAAACGAGAUCCUGCAAGAGAAGAGCUGACUUCCGCGUGCACUGUUAAUGCCCCGCGUGCGCUGAGGAGGACCGUAAAACUGCAGCAUUUACUUAUUUGUUACGUUAAGCGAAAUAUAUCGUUAUAUCGCAAGCUGCUGGGUAAAUGUGUAGUUUUGCAUUUGUCCUUAUGUGCAUUUAAUGAUGCAGAAUUAAAGUGCAAAUUUUUAGACCAAAGUGUGUGAGUGAACGCGAGAACAUUUUACAUUAAAGUGGGACCGUCGCUUAUCACGUGCCAACAGAUGAAAACAAGUAGGACACUUUAUUGCCGCCGUUAACAGUCGCUAUGUUAUACCUUGUAGAGCGGGGCUCAGGAUUAAAAGAUAGUGGGGGCGAUGGAAAGUAAUCUAGUAAAGGGACCGUCUCAGUAAAAUAAUCAGUUAUAUAAGCUGAACUUUUAUAGACGUUUUAAAGGGCAUUAUAUUAAGAGGCGCUGGAAAUGACGUCGCCCGUGGAGCGGACUUUGCAGGCAGCGCGCAGCGGGGACCUGCAGACCCUGAAGGCGCAGCUGGCGCAGCGGGCGCUGCAUGGCGACGUAAAGGAUGCCUUCGGCGCCACGGCCGUGCACCACGCCGCCCGGACGGGGAGGCUCAGCUGUCUGCGCUACUUGGUGGAGGAGGCUGAACUGGCCGGUAACUGCGAGGCGAGAAACGGAGCGAGUCCGGCGCACGACGCCGCCGCCACCGGCCACCUGGCGUGUCUGCAGUGGCUUCUGGAGCGCGGCGGAUGCCGCGCCAAGGACAGGGACAGCUCAGGGGCUACGGUCCUACACCUUUCUUCCCGCUUCAGCCACCAUGAGGUCACAGACUGGCUGCUGCAGAGUGGCGAAGGCGACCCCAGUGUCGCCACGGACACUGGCGCACUUCCAGUGCAUUAUGCCGCUGCCAAGGGAGACCUGACAUCACUGCGGCUGCUGCUUAGCCACAGUCCAAGCCUGGUCAAUGCCCAAACAAAGAAUGGUGCCACUCCGCUUUACCUGGCCUGCCAGGAAGGCCGUCUGGAGGUGGUGCAGUACCUGGUAAAGCACUGCACCGCUGAUCCGUGCGUCCGGGCUGGUGACGGCAUGACGCUGCUGCACGCCGCCGCCCAGAUGGGACACUGCACCGUCAUCGCCUGGCUGAUGAGCUUCACGUCAGUCAGCCUGGCAGAGCGGGACGCCAACGGGGCCACUGCCAUGCAUUUCGCAGCCAGUCGGGGUCACGCCAAGAUGCUGAGCUGGCUGCUUCUGCACGGGGGGGAGGCCGUCGCCGACAGCUGGGGGGGCACGCCCCUGCACGAUGCCGCUGAGAACGGCGAGCUGGAGUGCUGCCAGAUCCUGGUGGUGAACGGGGCAGACCUGCAGCUGCGGGACCGGGACGGCUUCACCGCAGCCGAGCUGGCCGAAUGUGGCGGACAUACCCAGUGUGCCAAGUACCUGCGGACUGUUGAGAACUUGAGCGUGCAGCAUCGCGUGCUCUCCAGAGACCCCUCAGCUGACCUGGAGUACAAGCAGCCUGAUUCCGGCCUGUCAUCCCCCAACGCCACGUUCCGCUCCCCGGUGCAACCGGCCCGGUUUGACAUGGGCUCUCCCUCCAGCACCUUGUCCAACUAUGACUCCUGCAGCUCCAGCCAAUCUAGUACUGGGGAGAAGAGGACUGCGCCCCCUGGGGGAGCAGGUGGCUCCAGUGACACAGACAUCGUGGACAUGCAGACCUACAUGGACAUGCUGAAUCCUGAGCUGGUGUCUGGGUGUCCCGAUGCCGUGGUCCCACCUCCCCCGCCGGAUUUUCCUCCGCCUCCACCACCCCUCAACAGCGCAAUGCGGCGGCCCGAAGAGCCGCCCCCCCCACCACCGCCCCCUCCCAGCUACCCCCCACCAAGCCCUCCUGAGGACCAGCCCUCGGCUGAGAUCUACUUGAGGGUCAAGAACAAACUGCGGCAUGUAGAGGGCGGAGCCAAGGAUGAGUUAAGGACCAGUGAAAACCCGAACAGUCUACGCCGAAUCGACUCCAACCGGAAAUCCCGUAACUUCAGCAAACAGCCCAGCACUGGGGACUACUACAGGGAGCUGGGCAGAAACACGGUCAACCAUCGUGGAACCGACGCCAUGGCGCCCAGCGAGGAGGUAGGGGGGCCAUCAGGUCCCUGCCCCCCGAGCCCUGAGAACGGCACAGCGGAGGAGCUGCCCCUACCCCCUCCGCCACCCCCCCUGCCAGAGAGCCAAAGCACCCCCCCGCCGCCACCUCCGCCACCCCCCCCACCGCCCUCGGAGUCGUCACCCCAGCAGCCCAGCGAGGGCGGCCACCGGAGAAUGUCCUCCUCGUCCUCUGGAAGCGCCAAGUCCUUCAACAUGAUGUCCCCGACUAGCGACAACUCUGAACUUCUGGCUGAAAUUAAGGCCGGGAAAAGCCUGAAGCCGACGCCCCAGAGCAAAGGAUACACCACCGUCUUCUCCAGCGGCGGGGCUCCCGGGAGCAACGAAGAGAGUCCAGCCACGACCCCGCCUCCGGCCUCUGUCACUCCGCCCACAAAGCCCUUGUCCCUGCCCCCAGAGACUCCUCCCACUACUCCCAAUUCGGCCGGUCCGUCCACCCCACGGGCACUGGCAACCUCGCUCAGCCAGGAGCGGCUACCCCCCGUUCUGAAUGGCAACACAGAGCUGCCCCCGCCCACCACGGAUAAGGCCGGCCCGGUGGACGUGGACGCCAUGGUGCCCACGCAUGACGAACAGGGCCGCCUCAUUCCGGACUGGAAGAGGCAGGUGAUGGUGCGCAAGCUGCAGAUGAAGAUCCAGGAAGAGGAGGAGCACAAACGCAAGGCUGAGGAGGAGGCAACUCGCUUGGCAUCCAUGCCAGCCUGGAGGAGGGACAUCAUGAAGAAGAAGAUGGAUGAGGAGAGGGAGCAAAAAAGAAGAGAGGAAGAGAGACUGAAGAUGGAGAAGGAGAACGAGGAGAAGUCGGAGCUGGAGAAGCUACGUACCCUGGGCUACGACGAGACCAAGCUGGCACCUUGGCAACGGCAGAUCAUCCUAAAGAAAGGAGACAUCACAAAACAAUAGACCGGUGUUUCCCAAUCUGGUCCUCGGGGACCUGCGGACAGUCCAUGUUUUUGCUCCCUACCAGGAGCUGGGAGGGAGCAAAAAUGUGGACUGUGUGUGGGUCCUCAAGGACUGGGUUGGGAAACACUGUAAUAGACCGAGUCUCUGCCUCCUUCCCAGUCAUCCCCUACCUACAGCUCCUUCCCUUCGCUAGACUCCCCCAUCCUGCUCCAUAGAGCACAGAGAAGAUCACACCCCAUAAUCCUGCCCUGCCCACCUCUCCCCUCCCCUAAUAAAGGACCACGAUGACCUCCCCCCAAAGUGGGUCGCACACGUCAUGCCCUGCACACGAUCCUUGACGUACUAUAGGACAGCCCCCCCCCUUAAAGACUUGCGUGACAGGCACCAGCACCUGAAGAGGAAUCGGCACUGUUUGCACAGACCACUGCACAGACCACUGCACAGACCGCUGCUCUGCCUUUGUAAGCUGUUGGCGACGGAUCCUGAAGCCUUAGCUGGUCCCUGUAGCUUUAGCUGGCCUGCUACUGUAAUCUUAUUAAAUGUUUCAACUCGCCAGCUGCUAUUUUCUCUUCCACUGGCACAUUAUUCCAGACAGAUACAAAACUGCAAACUACGACAAGACCUGUGUCAAACGAGUGUGACGUGAACUUCAGUCGGUCUAAAUCUCCCGACGUAGAAAAGCGAACAGAAUUAGCAAGCGGCUGCUAUUUCCGGGCCGUCAGGUGUCAGACUGGCCGUACCACUGAGUUUUGUCCUCAUGCCGGUCUGUCUCACUGCACGUGUCGUGCAGAGCAGUACGGGGGGAACGCUGGCUGGUUGUCAUGCUUUUUAGAUCUUAGGUCGUUUCGUAAAGCCAGAGGAAAAGUGUGGCAUUGACUGACACGACAGACCCCGAGAGGUCUGUGCUUCGCAUUAGCAUCAGAUGCGAAAAUGUGAUGGAAACGCAAAAAGCUGCGAAACCCACAAGUGAUGAAUUCAUCUCUUAAUUACCUCCAAUUAAUAGAUCCUAAACUGGUCCUGUGCAGUCUGAGAUGUGAUGAAACCUUCAUACAUCAGUAAGGCAGUCGAAUAUAAAUAUAGAAAUUACUCCAAUUUCUCCUUUGUUGCAUUUCAAAUAGAGAUUAUAAUUACACAAGUUGGAGCUACUAUUCCUGAGUCACUGUUAUGUUAAUAUCACGGACACCUAGAGUUACUGUGGGGACAGCAAAAUUCCCAGAAUGCCUGAUAUCGCAUAACACGUUUACCAUUACAUACUGCUGAGAAAAAGUCCAUAUUGCAAUGAAUUGCAAUGAAAUGAUCCCCACCAAAGUUUAUGUGAACUGUGUCUUGGUUUAGAAGUUAAUUUGAAUCAUUCAUCAAUACGAAUUGGACCAAUUGGAAUCAAAUAUUUUGCUCUCAUGCUGUAGCUUAACUACCAAGGUGCUGGUUCGUUAAUAUUUUUUGACAUUCAGAAACUUUAAAACCAUUCCAAUGCAUAGAGCAGCACAAUAUAUAUUUAAAAAAGUGUAGAAUAUAGUGACCUCUUUAAUGUACCGAAUGUGUCUUUCUGGAGAUGUGCAUAAAAAUUGCUUUCUAUAUAGUGAAAAAUACGUAAGGCUUAAUUUUAAAAAUCUUUAAAUGCUAAAAAAUAUAUAUAUAGGAAUCUACAGACAAAUUCAUGGUACUAAUUCAGAAUCCAUUUGGGGAUAUUGAAUUAACUUCAUUGGAUGCCAUAUUCAUGUUAAAAUUUAAAAAUAGAGACUUUUUGCCAUUAUCAGAUUUUUUAUGCAGAAAUAUACAAUCCCUUAAUUGUAUCGUACUAAUUAUAUUAUUUUAUUGUUCACAGUCUUGCCUCUAUAGAACUUUCACUGUGUAAAAAUAAAAUAUUUUCAGACUUCAA